AUGUUGGAAAACAAGUUGGAAUAUCUGACCCAAUUUGCACUAGCGAAUAAGCAUCGACUCAUCGACUGGAAUGGGACUUGCGAUGAAAAACUACAACACGCUUGGGUGUGGAGCGGCGAAAAGCACAUUUUUUCUGGCAGAUGCGAAUGCGCAGACGGGGACAGAUUCACGCCCGUCUUACAAUUCGAUCCUGCUGACCAUCCGGAUAACGAUGAGAAGAAAAGUCACAUGAAACGUAAGCGUCGCUGUCGUGUGAAGGAAGGUGAAUUAUGCAAUUUUGUUCGUGUCAAGAGUGGUUUUUUCCCCGGAGUGAAUAUCAGUGUGCCAGACUUUUUCGAAUGUGUCGAACCCUUCGUUUGUGCUAUCAAGGUGGACCCGGAGUCGGACAAAGUUACUCACAGACCCAUAGUUUCCGAGACGUGUCAAACGGUUGAGAGUAUCACUCUAGGGGCGAAGGUUGGGUUCAAAGCGCAAAGUGCUAGCGUGGAUGAAUGCGAGGAUGUCAAGGCUGGUCGUAGCCCUCACCGUUAGUGUGAGAAGCUAUGUAGCCCUGCGGUAGUGAUGGGAGUUGUUCACUUUUACAGAGCGUGUGACCACUUCACACGAUACAUAUUUAUUUCA